AUGCUGGCCUCAGGGAUUCUUCUGGUGGCUUUGCUGGCCUGCCUGUCUGUAAUGGUCUUGAUGUCUGUCUGGCAACAAAGGAAGCUCUGGGGGAAGCUUCCUCCUGGGCCCACUCCCUUGCCUUUCAUCGGGAACUACCUGCAGCUGAACACACAGCACAUGUACAACUCCCUGAAGAAGGUGUCGCAAGGCAGGGGGCUGCUCCCUCUAACCACUCUCACCCACCUCCACCAGCUCAGUGAGCGCUAUGGUUCGGUGUUCACGGUCCACCUGGGGCCCCGGCGGGUUGUGGUACUGUGGGGAUUCGAUGCUGUGAAGGAGGCUCUGGUGGACCAGGCUGAGGAAUUCAGCGGACGAGGCGAGCAGGCCACCUUCAGCGAGAUCUUCAAAGGCUACGGAGUGGCGUUCAGCAACGGGGAGCGCGCCAAGCAGCUCCGGCGCUUCUCCAUCACCACGCUGCGGGACUUCGGCGUGGGAAAGCGCGGCAUUGAGGAGCGCAUCCAGGAGGAGGCUGGCUUCCUCAUCGAGGCCUUCCGGGGCACGCGCUGUGAGCUGGGACCCCAGAGGGCGCGGGAAGGAGAAGGGAAAAGCUCGGUGGGAAGGACCUGCGCCUUCAUCGAUCCCACCUACUUCGGGAGCCGUGCGGUCUCCAACGUCAUCAGCUCCAUCGUCUUUGGAAACCGCUUUGCCUAUGAGGAUAAAGAGUUCCUGUCACUGCUGCGUAUGAUACUGGGAAGCUUCCAGUUCACAGCUACUGCUACCGGACAGCUCUAUGACAUGUUCUACUCGGUAAUGAAACACCUACCAGGGCCACAGCAACAGGCCUUUAAGGAGCUGCACGGGCUGGAGGAUUUCAUAACCAAGAAGGUGGAGCAGAACCAGCGCACACUGGACCCCAACUCCCCACGGGACUUCAUCGACUCCUUCCUCAUCCGCAUGCAGGAGGAGAAGAAGAACCCCAACACAGAGUUCCAUAUGAAGAAUCUGGUGAUGACCACGCUGGCCCUCUUCUUUGCCGGCACAGAAACCAUCAGCACGACCCUGCGCUGGGGCUUCCUGCUGCUCAUGAAGCACCCAGAUGUGCAGGCCAAGGUGCGUGAAGAGAUUGACCAAGUGAUUGGCAAGAGCCGUCAGCCCAAGUUUGAGGACCGGGCCAAGAUGCCCUACACCGAGGCAGUGAUCCAUGAGAUCCAGAGAUUUACAGACAUGAUCCCCAUGGGGUUGCCCCGCAGGGUCACCAAGGACACCAAGUUUCGGGACUUCUUCAUCCCCAAGGGCACAGAAGUGUUCCCUAUGCUGGGCUCCGUGCUGAGAGACACCAAGUUCUUCUCCAACCCCCAAGAUUUCAACCCCCAGCACUUCCUGGAUGAGAAAGGGCAAUUUAAGAAGAACGACGCCUUUGUGCCCUUCUCCAUUGGAAAGCGGUACUGUUUUGGGGAAGGUCUGGCCAGAAUGGAGCUCUUUGUCUUCCUUACCACCAUCUUGCAGAACUUCUGCUUCAAGUCCCCACAGUUGCCCAAGGACAUCGAUAUGUCUCCCAAACAUGUGGGCUUUGCCACCAUCCCACAAACCUACACCAUGAGCUUCUUGCCCCGCUGA